CUUAUGAGAAUAAAAUGGCGACCAAAGUGGAGGAACUCAUGAAGCUUGUUAGCGAAGGGAAGCUAGAAGAAGCUGGCAAACUGGCAAGGGAGGAGUGGGGGCAGAUAACGAGCCUUGACUCUACACAAAGAGAGUCUCUCCUUGCUUCCUGUGCGCCUGCGGACCAGUCUUUAGUCUGGCUGGCUGUCCUAUCAGUUGAGGUGAAGCAGCCACUGAUAGACUGGUCGGUUUUUAUUCCUCUAAUCACAAACUUCUCUGAGAACUUCUCUCCAGAGCAAGCUCGACUUCAUCCACAAGCAUUCUGUGAUUUAAUCCAUCAGUUCACGGAAAAUCUUUGUGUCAAUAGAAAGGCUAUAUUAGGUAUAAAUUCAGUGCGGAGUGUUGUACAAAGGUAUCCUCCUAAUGAACAUACUCUUACUGCUGUGCAUAGCGAUUUAAUACAAUUAUGUUUAGCUGCUAAGUGUUUAAAGCCAUGUCUUCCUUAUCUUGCUAGAAACUACACUGAACUACUAACUGAAAAAUCUCAAUUUGAUUCCAAAUAUGUUGUUCUUUACUUUUAUUAUGGAGGAAUGACUUACACUUGUCUCCACGACUACCUCAGAGCACUCCAAUUAUUCACCAUGUGUUUGUGUGUACCAGCAAUAGCGGUCAGUGCUGUCAUGCUAGCUGCUUAUAAGAAGUAUAUACUAGUCUGUUUACUGAAAUAUAACAAAAUGAUUCAAUUACCGAAAUGUGCAUCGCACUUAGUAGAAAGAGUUUUUAAGAGCCCAUGUGGACACUAUUUAGAGCUAGCCAAAGCCUACGCUACUGGAGAUCAUAGGGUAGUGAGUCAGCUAGUGAGACACAAUGUACAGAGACUAACAAUGUCUUUCAUAACACUGUCACUAGAAGAUGCAGCACAGAGAGUUGACCUGUCUGACUCUAAUGAAAUGGAGAAAAUGCUAAGAGACAUGAUAGAAGAUGGCGAUAUAAAUGCUUGCAUCAAUCAAAAGGAAGAGAUGAUUGUGUUCAGUGAUGACUUUGUGGAUGAUAAUUGUGCUCAGACGCUGGAGGCUAGACUCAAGGAGUGCAUGAGCCUCCAACAAGAAAUGAGCAAAGCCAAUGAUCAGUUAUCACUAAACCCGCGCUACAUACAAAAAAGUGGUACUUCCAGAGGUGGUGGUGGAAUGGAUGACGAUCCUUUUGCAGACGACCAAUUAAUGUAGACACUCCGUAUCCAUGGUAACCUUUGGAGCGUUACCACGGUAACACAAUGACUGAGUCUAAUCCAGUGAUAUCACUGAUUGUGUUGUAGUCCCUUUUAUUUACACACGCAGGGGGUUAACCCCGAUUAAUUAUUAUUAUUAUUAUUAUUAUUAUUAUUAUUAUCAUUGAUAUUAACGAGUUGUGUUGUACGUGUUACAUUUCUUCUAUUAAUAAUUCCU